CGCAAUGUUAACCAUUAUAUUAUACCGGAUAUGAAAAUUGCGGUCAAUAUUACCGAUUGAUUGAUUGAUAUCCGCGGCCAUCAAUUGUGCGGCGGUUGACGACCAUUCAGAUGCAGUCGUCGUCCUCUUCGUCAUCAAUAUCUUCGCCACUGUUACCGCAGCCGCAGUCGCCGCCGAUUGUCCGAUCGCUGACCGAUGCCAUGAGUGCACUGUCUUUGCGGCACAAAAUUGUUUUAACAAUAUUGGUCUCACUGUCCGUCUAUACGAUCGUUACAUCGCAGACCAUAUCGGCGCUGAUCGGCUACAGGCAUACACUGUUGGCCGCACUGAGACAAUCAUCGUCGGACAAUGGCGGUGGUGGCCAACUGUGGCCCAAUCGUGGCCGACGUACUGUUGACAGUAGUGGCCAAUUGCUGUACUAUCAUUUGGCCAACGCUACUGUCGACCAUAUGAUGUACUACUAUGACAUCGAUGGCGAUAGUGGCGGUAAUGGUGGCCAUAAUCGUGUUGUGUGCCAUAAACUGGGAACCGAUUGGAACCGUACGCUUGGAAACACCCGCAACAACAGUUGCCAAUGUAUGGACCACUACUAUACUGGCCUGGAUUGUGGUCUACCGCUUGCAAUCGCCGACCGACUGCCAGCGGAGGACAGCAGUCGUCUGCAAAAGCGAUUGCGUCGGGUGUCGAAAGCCAGACGUGUUAUACUAUCGUUAAUCUUAUAUACAAUGGUUGGCAACAACAACAUCGACAGCGACAACAAUACCAAUAAUUCAAGAACUCGACAACAAUUGGUUAAUCAGAUGAACCAAACCAUUUACAAACUAAUGGAUUUAACUGAUCUAUUGGUGAUAACAGAGAUCCAAUUGACUAGUAGUAGUAGUAGUAGUAGUAGUGGUGAUCGCAAUAGAAAAUGUUUGAAAAUCAAUAACACAAUCGACAACAACAACAACUGUGGUAACAACAGUGAUGUCAACAACGAUCUACUGAUGCAAAUGGUGACCAACAAACUGAACAAAUACUCUGAUAUUGUAAUCUAUAACCGAUUGAACAUUACAUCGAAACAAUGGUCAGCAAUCGGUCCUCAGGGACUAUAUCUCUAUACAAUGUCGAAAGUAUGGCAAACAUGUUUGCAUCGGGUAACCGAUUACCGACCGGACGAUCUAUUAGUAUUCAUGUCCGCUAAUGCAUUCCCCCAGAGAUCUGUACUAAUGUUUUUCAAACACUAUACGGGUUAUCCCGAACCUAUUAAACUACUACUUACUGGCCAUUAUCCACUGCAACAGUACAAACACAACAACAUUGGCGACAAGUUGGCCAAACGAUUGACCGAACCCGCGAUUGUCAACCAUUGUAAACUGGUCAACACUAUCGUAACAUUUGAAUAUCUGACACUAUUAUGCAGAUACGACUUUCAAUUAUUUAAGACAAAUCAGUGUCUAAAUAGUAGUAAUAAGAAAUUUUUGCAUAAAUUCAAUCAAACCUAUUGGCCAGUUAGGUAUUGGUCAUUGAGUGCCAAUAGUAAUAAUAAUAAUAAUAGUAAUUCAAGCAAUUUCUUAACCAUUUUGUGA